CUCGGCAUGCAGAUACAACUUUCCAUUUUUUGCCUUUCUUCUGCUUUCUUUCAACUUUAAAGACUGAUUUGACCUGGCUCUGCUCUCUUCUCUUGGACUUUAAGAUUUGUUAUAUUUUCUGUAAUUCCUGUUAUAGCAACCUUCACUUCUGGGAAUGUUCUCUGUAUUCCAAUGUUUGUCUGGUGUUUUUCCGCAGCACCUAGUGAACCUGUUGGCUCGCCUCGCCAACGAUAACAUCGGAUACGUGGACUGGACACCUUAUAUUCCCACAAUCUUCACAAGGAUCCUGCGCAGUUUCAAUCUUCCAGUUGGGGUCAGUCAGAUGGUCGCACCGAGGUAUCUGACCAACUCCUAUGACACCGGGCACUUGGUGUUGUGGAUCACAGCACUUCUGGGUGGACCAGGAAACCCUGCGCAGAAGGAGCUGACCUGCCUCUUCAACAGCAUCGCCUCCUUCUACCAUCCUUCCAAUCAUGGUCGCUGGCAGGCCCGACUGAUGAGGUUGCUUCAGCGUCUCCCAGCGAGCGUCGUGCGCCGCGUGCAUCGGGAGCGCAAUGCUGACCCCAGCUGGAUCACGCUGGUUCCUGAGAGCCAGAGGCUGACUGAUGAGGACUUGCAGGACUUCACCCGCAGUUUGAUUGGGGCCGCCCUGCUGGCCAUGUUCAGUAAAACCGGGAGCACAGACGCAGCCUACGCUCUGCAGAACCUCGCUCUCCUCACACCGGAACUCGUUAUCCCACCUGUACUUGAGAAGAUGUACGCAGCGAUGGAGACCCUGACGGAGCCGCACACCCUAACAGCCACGCUCAGCUGCAUGAUCGGCAUGGCUCGGAGCCUGGUUUCCCCUAACAACCGUUACCCAGAGGGCCGUGCACACGUGCUCCCAUUGCUCAUGGGCUCUCUGCCAGGGGUUGACCCAAACGACUUCAGCAAGUGCAUGAUAACUUUCCAAUUCAUCGCCACUUUCACCACCCUGGUGCCUUUAGUGGACUGUUCGUCUGCUCCUUCCCGAUACAGUGAACUCACAGAGACUGAAAAAGAUCUGUGUUUUGCUUCGGCUGAGUUUGAAGACUUCGUUCUCCAGUUUCUGGACAGGUGUUUUGCUCUGAUAGACAGCAGUACUCUGGAACAGACGAGGGACGAGAUGGAGACAGAUACACAGACUCAUCUGGAGAGUCUGGUGGAGCUUGGCCUUUCGUCUACUGUUAGCACCAUCCUCACACAAUGCUCCAAACAGAUAUACAAGAUGGCGUUGCAGAAGGUGUAUAACUUUGCCACCUGCAACGUCUUUGAGACGUGUGUGUCGGGCAGGAUGGUGGCUGACAUGUGCAGAGCUGCGGCAAAGUGUCAUCCUGCCGAGUCUCUCCGUCUGUUCGUCCCUCACUGCUGCAGCGUCAUUUUCCACAUAACAGACAAUGAGGAGCUGCGGAGUGAGGACGAGCUGGAUAAGGAGCUGCUGUGGAACCUCCAGCUGCUCUCUGAGAUAACCCGUGUGGAUGGUGAACAGCUGUUGAAAUACCAAGGGGACCUGGAGCGGAUCCUGUGUGUGUGCGUGCGUCUGCGCUGUAAAAGAGCGUACACACUCGCCUGCAAUCUGCUGGAGCACACGCUCCGCUCGCUGUCCCUCAUAUAUCCAACCGAGUACCGCAGCACCCCUGGAGGAUUCAAUACUGACCUCCCUAUACGGGACUGGGGCAGAGCUGGAGAUGUGGCAGCAUUGGGUGUGUGUUGGCACGUGCCCAGUCAGGAGGAGGAGAACUUUGUUUUCCAGCUGCUGUCCCGCCUCCUGCACCCGGAGCUGCAGCGAAUCAAGAGCCACAUCUCUGGAGAUCAGCCAAUGAGCAGGGAGGAGCUGUUGCAGAGUCUUGCCAUCGUGCAGCACUGCCUCCUCGGAGCUGGGAGCAUGCUGCCCCCUCUGGAUGGACCACACGUAUCUGACCUCGUGCCCUCCAUGGUAAAUCUGGGCGAGAUCAAGCUGCACAUAGGCGUUGAAUACGAUGAUUCACGGGAGAACUACAGAGAGUCCAUCUGCCAAACCAUGAGACUGCUGCUACAUCACAUCCUGGAGCACUCUGAGGAUGACACAAAGUCGCUCUUUGUCAUCAUUAAGAUCAUCAGUGACCUCAUGUUUUUCCGCGGCACUCACAAGAAAGAGUUUGAUUCGCGCUGGAAAAGCUUCACUCUGGUUAAGAAGUCGAUGGAAAACAGGCUUCUCGGGAAAAAGCAGCACAUCAGAGCGCUGCUCAUUGACAGGGUUCUGCUCCAACAUGAGAUGAGGAAGCUGGUGGUGGACGGCAGUGAAUAUAAAGUGGUUCAUCAGGAGCUGCUCUGUAAUCUGCUGCUGCUUUCGACCAGCACUUACAGCCAGGUUCGCAGCAGGGCCCAGAGUGUGCUGAUGGCCGCUAUGGGAACAUUAAGCUUCGCCUACAGAGACCUGAUUCCCCAAAUCCUCCAACUGCUCUCCCCACAACUAACAAAAGGCUCACAGCAGCAGUUUAAGGGCGCUCUGUACUGCCUGCUGAGUGUGCACAGUGGCAUGUGUCUGGCCAGUACAAGGGACUGGGACUGUGUCGGGGCUGUGUGGCCCGCUCUGGUCCGUUGUGGCCUGUCUCCAACCAUGACCCUGGACGAUCCCUCCAUUGGUCGACUGCUGGAUGACAUCAUUGACAGGAUCCACCGCCAGCACGACACCAUCGGAAUCUAUUUUACUGUAUCUGAAGGUUGUGUAGAGGUGGCCAAUCGCAUCGCUCAGUCCAAAAAGCCCACCCCUUGUUUAGAAGCACCGUCUGUAGAGGAGCUGAAAGAGGGCCUUCAACGCCAGCGAAUCAGAAAUGUGGUUACAGCAAGAAAAUAUGAGAAGCUGGUCAAUGAUCUCUUGGAUUGCCUUGAGGACAGCGACCUGCCCUGGAAGUUUGAGCACAUGGCCACAGACUUGUUGUCUCUCCAGCUGCGAGACGAUCAUCCUCUGCCCCACGACGCCGUCCUCUUCUUCACACAGGGCCUCAUACAUGACUCCAUCAGUAUACGCAAGGUGGCGAUCUCAGCGCUGGCCGGAGUCCUGAAACAGCUGAAAAGACCAACAAAGAAAGAAGCUGUUAAACCAUCAGACAUCAGUGGUUUGGAGGAUCCAGAGGGUGUGUGUGUCGGGGAUCGUGAGGGGAACUGCUGGCUUCAGUACGACAGCAACAACCUCCCCCUGAGUCAGGAGCAGUGGGAUUCUCAGCACUUUGUGGAGAAAACACACUUGGGCUACUACACAUGGCCGAGAGAAAUGAUGAUCUAUGCAGCUUCUGAGAAGUCAAAAGAUGACCUGCAGUAUGAAGAGAUGAGCGAGGGUGAAAAGAUCAUCUUUGAAUAUUUCUCGGACCCGGAGUUUAUCGACCAGCUCAUGGAGUUCCUCUCUCUGGAGGAUCGGAAGGGAAAAGACAGCUUCAACCCGCGACGCUUCUGCCUUUUCAAGGGGCUGUUUCGUAACUAUGGUGACGUAUUCCUGCCGUUACUAUGGCCUCACCUGGAGCAGCUUGCCAGCGAUCCCCAUGAGAGCUCGCAGCGCUGUGUGUGUGAGAUUACUGCAGGACUAAUCAGGGGCAGCAAACUCUGGAGUUUCAGCCAGGUGGACAGGCUGUGGAAGCUUUUGUGCCCUUUGAUCAGAACAGCUUUAACCAACAUCACAGUGGAGACCUACACAGACUGGGGCACCUGCAUCGCCACUGCCUGCGAGGGCCGGGACCCGAGGAAACUCCACUGGCUGAUGGAGCUACUGAUGGAGAGCCCGCUCAGCGGAGAGGGCGGCUCGUUCAGAGAUGCCAGUUUGCUGUACGUGCUUCAGGGGGGUCUGGCCCAGCAGCAGUGGAGAGUUUCUGAGCUGCUGCACCGGCUGCUGGCAUACCUGGAGCCCAAACUCACCCAGGUGUAUAAGAAUGUCAGGGAGCGCAUUGGAAGUGUCCUGACCUAUAUCUUUAUGAUAGACGUGGCUCUGCCCCACACGGCGCCCACGUCCUCCCCCCACGUGGCAGAGUUUGUCACCCGGGUCCUGGAGCGGCUCAAGCCCCUCACGUCGGAGCCGGAGAUCCACAACCACGUCCACGAGGAGAACACCCAGGAGACGGACGAGCGCACCCAGGCUGUCAAACUGCUCAAGACGGUGUUGAAAUGGUUGAUGGCGAGCGCGGGGCGAACUUUCACCACCCCUGUUCAGCAGCAACUACAGCUCCUGCCUUUACUCUUCAAGAUCGCCCCGGUGGAGAUUGAUGAGAGCUAUGAUGAGAUGAAGCAGGAUGCACGCACGUGUCUCUCUCUCAUGUCCCAGGGCCUGCUGUAUCCCGAACACAUCCCUCUGGUGCUGGCCGCGCUGGAAGAGAUGGCAGGCAGCAGGUCAUGGCACGCCCGUUUCUCAGUACUGACCUACCUCCAGAUUAUGGUUUUCUACAACUUGUUUAUCCUGCUCAGUGUUCCUGCGGAGGUACUCUGCAUCCGUGAGCUCGUAAUGCAGCUGCUGCUUGAUGAACAACUCGAGGUGAGGGACAUGGCAGGCACCACCCUCAGUGGUUUACUGCAGUGCCAGUUCUUCCCCCUGGACUCCAGUCUGCAGACACAGCUCCAGACGCUGAGUCAGACUCCCCUCCCCAAGGCCAGAGGAGAGCUGUCCUCCACAGACUUGGUGCGGCGCCAUGCUGGAGUGCUCGGCCUCAGUGCAUGCAUUCUGUCGAGCCCCUAUGAUGUCCCGGACUGGAUGCCUCAGAUUCUGAUGAACCUGAGCGACCACCUCAAUGACCCACAGCCUAUAGAGCUGACGGUGAAGAAGACCCUCUCUGAGUUCAGGCGUACCCACCACGAUAACUGGCAGGAGCACCGUCAGUCGUUCACCGAUGACCAGCUGCUGGUGCUCACAGACCUGCUGGUGUCGCCCUGUUACUACGCCUAGACAGCCAGCUGCCUUCCCACGUCCUCUAACACAGACUGACCGACCUGCCCAUCCAAAAAUAUGAUUUCACUUUUGAACACUCUUCAGUGCCGCCUGUUAAAAUAACCUCUGAUGUUGCUGCAGUGGCGGAGAGCCCUGCGUCUGGAACCUCACCGCCGAUGUUGGCCUUCAGUAAACCAAGCACACAUUUAAAAAAAAAAAAAACAAGCAGUCCUGGGCAAAAGUGAUUUCCAAUAUUUAACCUAGUGGAUUUAUUUUGUCCUGACAAACAGUUCAGCAGCCCCAAAGGUGGCCAUCUUACUUUACACUACCCACCCUAUAGAUGUAUUACUUUCUGUUUCUUGUAAAAAUAUAUAUUCAUGAGUCAGAAAUAUAUUUUCAAAUCUCUAUUUUAUUUAUGUACUUGACUGUACCUACUUUUAAAAGUUAUUUAAAUAAUACUUAAAAGUUGGAACUCAAUUUGUAUUCUGUAAAUAUAAGAGAACAUAUAGUGUAUGACAUUAAACUACAAUUUUAUAUUAGUAGAAAACUACAAACGCUGAAUGCAAAACUACAUGUAUAACAUAGAACUUAACAUGCAAUGUGCGAAUAAGAUAAGAAACUUAAUUCAUCUCUUGUUGGGUAUAAUUCACUUGUAACAGCAGAUCAAGAGUCAAGAGUAAAAAUAUAUAAUCAUAUAUUGUACUUGUAUAAAAUGUGAUAUUACCUGCUUUAAAGCAUACAACUAUAAAUGAUAUAACGAUGCUGUAAUGCCACUUGUAUCAUAUUCCUAUACAACACAUUCUGUUGUAGCUCCUCUCUGAUCAUUAACUGUUGUAUUGCUGUGAAUACUGUAAAUUAACUUCAUCCUUUAUGAAGAGAGGAGUGUAUUUUAUUUCUUGUGGAGAUGUUUGUCAGAGAUACUGAUCAUUAAAAAAAAAAACAACUGCGGUUAUCUGCAUACAUAUAACACACAGCAGGUUAUAGUUCUGCACAGAUAGAAAUACAAGGUGUUUCUUUCUGUGUGGACAGCAUUUCAUUUUGAACCAAACAUGUUGUACACAUGUUGCUACAGACCACAGUCAAUAAACACUUGUAACUGGUU